GCCGAGAGGCAGCACAUGUCCAACAGCAGCUCUAUCACCCACUUCCUCCUCCUGGCAUUCGUGGAGACACGGGAGCUGCAGCUCUUGCACUUCUGGCUCUUCCUGGGCGUCUACCUGGCUGCCCUCCUGGGAAACAGCCUCAUCAUCACCGCCAUAGCCUGCGACCACCGCCUCCACACCCCCAUGUACUUCUUCCUCCUCAAUCUCUCCCUCCUUGACAUGGCCUCCAUCUCCACCACUGUCCCUAAAUCCAUGGCUAAUUCCCUCUGGGACACCAGGGCAAUUUCCUAUGUAGGAUGUGCUGCCCAGCUAUUUAUGUUUGCCUUCUUGGUAGCAGCAGAGUAUUGUCUUCUCACCAUCAUGGCCUAUGACCGCUACGUUGCCAUCUGCAAACCCCUGCGCUACAGGACCCUCCUGGGCAGCAGAGCUUGUGUCCAUGUGACAGCAGCUGCCUGGGGCAGCGGCUUUCUCAAUGCUCUCCUGCAGACGGCCAAUACAUUUUCCCUACCCCUCUGCAAGGGCAAUGCUGUAGAGCAGUUCUUCUGUGAAAUCCCUCAGAUCCUCAAGCUCUACUGCUCAGAAUCAGACUAUCUCAGGGAAGCUGGGCUUCUUGUACUUAGUUUUUGUUUAGCAGUUGGUUGUUUUGUGUUCAUUGUGCUGUCCUAUGUGCAGAUCUUCAGGGCCGUGCUGAGGAUCCCCUCUCAGCGGGGACGACACAAAGCCUUUUCCAUGUGCCUCCCUCACCUGGCCGUGGUCUCCCUGUUUCUCAGCACUGGCAUGUUUGCCUACCUGAAGCCCCCCUCCAUCUCAUCCCCAUCCAUGGAUCUGGUGCUGGCUGUUCUGUACUCAGUAGUGCCUCCAGCAGUGAACCCCUUCAUCUACAGCAUGAGGAACCAGGAGCUCAAAGAUGCACUCAGGAAGCUGAUUCCAUCGGUAGUAUUUCAGCAGCAGUUAGCUCCCCAUUUGUCUUCAACAAGUGGUUUCUAG